ACGAGGAAAAAGAGGCAAUGUCACUUGCGGCCGAAGAGUUGGUAGAAUUUUACCGAAUCCGAAAACUGUGUGAGCCGGGCGUGAAAACUAUGCUGAUGGACGAGUUCAUUGUCCCGCCCAGAUGCGCAGAAAAGUUGGCCACUCAAAACGAACUGAAGCGUGCUUGUCAAGCUGAGUGCUACAUGAAAGCCUCCUCCGACGAAGAUCACCUGGACCUGUUUUUCAAAUCCGGAGACGAUUACGACUACUAUUCUGACGAGCCAGUGUUGUCUUACCAGAAUCUGGACUCGAACACCUUCGAUUCCGAGUGUGGCCAGGAGGGGGAGGGGCCUUACGAGGAAGAUGGAGUGAGCUACUAUCCUCGAUCAGUGUUCUUCAUCGGACAGAAAGCCAUCUGGACACAGGCCAGUUAUCUGUGCUAUGAGUACAAAUCAACCUCUGAAGUACCAAAACCCCUGAUGAAAUCACCUGUGACUGCAGAAGCCUUGCCGAAAGAGGACAUCAAAGCAGCGUACGAAAAGUGCUGUACAAAGGACGCUGACUACUACUCAAGCAUAACAGAGAUGCUGCAGGGAAAAGACGAGGUCAAAUGUCUCACCGACGAAGAGGUCAUGGUCGACUUCGGAUUCGUGCCCAGUCUCGUCCGAGGAACCAUGCAGAGAUACAGCAGACAGUGUUGGGAAUUCUACUCGGAACACGAGCCCUGUGGCUCCAACGUUAUCCCUAUCCCAGAUAAUGUCAAGUGCACGAAAACCGGCGACGAAGUAGAACAGAUGUCUCUUGCGCGAGACAAGGACCCCUCGGAAAUGAUCUGGUUCCUCAAAUACAUCGAAGACAAAAAUGUUCUAGGAAACGCUCUUCAAGCGUGCGCAGAGGGUGCUAAAAUGGGCCGAGCAGUCACAGUUCUUCCAGGAGUAUCAUUGGGUCUCGAAGCACAAGUCUACGGACUGAAUGAAGCCGAACUGGGAUCCCAAACUGCCGCCACUCUGGCUUACAUCACUUGUGGAGUGUUUUCUUCUGUUCACCACAAUAACUAUUUUGACAUGGACAGUGAAUGCAACCCGUACGCUUUGGACAUUCACACUAACCGCAAAUUCGAUUGCUGAAAAGAUGCACGGCGAAACAACUUCAACUUUAGAAUCAGGAGUUUAACUUCAAAUAAGUGCAUAACAACUCGAUUCAACAAAGAAAAACCCUGACACAAACAAACUCUGUCAUUGCUAACUUUUUUUUACAGUUUGUACGAGCAAAUAAAGAUUAUGAUUAGCCAUAUUAUCAACAUUUUCCAUUAUUUUCAAAAGUAUCUGAUAAAAGGGAAUUGAUGAUUUUCAACUA